AUGGAGCAGGGCAGGGAGGCCCACUGCUCUGCUGAGGAGACCUUCACCGCUGACUAUAAGAUGAUGAUGACCCUGGGCCAAGGACUGUUUUCAGAGGUCAAAUUGGCCUUUCACGUGCCCACAGUAUCCUGUGUGGUUGUAAAAAUUCUUAGAAACAAGAAGAAGUAUGCCUCAUUUAUCAACAGUGAAGUCAACAUCAUGAAAUCCCUUGCCCACGCCAACAUCAUUAAAUUGUUUCAUGUGGUCCAGACCAGGGAGACCACCUACCUGGUGAUGGAGCAUGCAUCAGAGGGAGACCUCCUGCAUCACGUCCUGGAACUGGGGUCCUUAGAGGAGAGCGAGGCUCGAAGGUUGUUUAUCCAGAUAUUGCAUGCAGUGCAGUACUGUCACGAUAACUCUAUUGCUCACAGAGACAUUAAGGCUGGGAACAUCCUCCUGGACUGCAGGGGUAAUGCCAAGUUGGGCGAUUUUGGCCUUUCGGCUAAGGUCAUCCCUGAGCAGAAGUUUAGUGGUUUCUGUGGUACUCUAUAUUACUGUGCCCCGGAACUCUUUGGAGAGGAGGCCUAUGAUGGCCGUGCCACUGAUAUUUGGAGUUUAGGUGUGCUCCUCUUCCUCAUGGUCGUCGGGCACUUUCCCUUCAGAGCUAGCUCUGUUGCAGGGGUGAAACAGCAGAUCCUUGCCGCAAACUUCAAGGUGCCUCCACAUGUUUCCAUCGACAUUUUCAAUGUCAUCGUCGAACUGCUGAUCAUCAACCCUAGCAGGAGGCCCACCAUAGGCCAAAUCAUGAGGCGCCCCAUGGUCAGGAAGAGUGAGGCUCGUUCACCACCUACUUCCACCCAGUCUCUCCCAGGCACCCCGAGCCCUAGCAUUGUCAAGGCCAUGACAGUCAUGGGGUACAAAUCUGAAGAAAUCGUUGAGUCUCUGAGAGACCAGAAAUACAACCAGGUGAUGGCCACUUACCUAAUUCUACAGCACCAGUCACCUGGGGGAGACUGCUACCAUCACCAGGAGAAAACCGUGAGAGCCAUGCAGCCAGGCCUUGUCCUCAACCUGGCAGAUCUUCGCACUUUCCCUGUGUCCUUAGGGAGAGCUACCGAGCCUGCUCCCCCCACCUUCACCUUGCCAUCGAAGACCAAGGAGAAAGAUGAGAAGAAUGUCAGGCAGGGUGGCACAAGUCACAGCAUGCCUGCCGCUCUGUUCUGCCAGCCAGAGAGGAUCUAUCCUUAUCUAUCCCACCUGUUCUGUCCUGUGACUGAUUCCUUCACAAGCAACAGCCUGGAAAGCAUUGAGUAUUUCACACAGUCCGAGAUUAGGUCAUUCGGUGAUCACAUGGCCAGUGUCCAGCCACCUCUCUUUCUGUACACCUCCUCUCCUAUGCCACACCAGAGUGAGACUAGAGGUGACACAGACAACAUGUCCUCCUGCAGUCCCCAAGAGGAACUCUGGAGCUCCCAGGAGGCAUCUCACUAUUUAACCCCCACAGGCUCCUCUUCUCGGGAUACAUUGCAGGAAGAGACCAGAACCCAGAAUGAGGCCAUCACCCAUGAUGCUAUCUUGACCCAGGAAAUGACCAUGAACCUUGAAGGGACCAUGUUCCAGGAUGAAGCCAUAUCACAGGAAACGAACAUCAUGAUCGUAGAGGCCAUCAUUCGGGAGGCAAACAUCAUCCCAGAAGCCACCAUGACCCAAGUUGAGACCCAGGAAGAGGCUAUCACUCUGGAUGUGGCCAUGACCCAGGAAGUGGCCAUCACCCAUGGCCAGUCCCAGGAUGCAGGCCCAGCUUCUUCCCGAACCUGGAGGCGCCACAGCUGGAAGAGGGUCAAGAAAACAAUCAUGAACUGCCUCAGAAACCUCUGCUGCUGCUGCUGCCUGCCUCCUGCAGAGAGAGGCCAUGCCUCCUGA